AUGAUUAGUAGUUCAAAGGACUUGGAAGAGUUCGGACGAUACAACAUUGACAUUCCCAUCCGACAAGGCUUCCUCUACCGUAAAACCCUCAAAUCUCAGGGCCGUAACCUUCUACGACCUUCCUGGCGUAUCAAUUGGACCAUCGUCUCCACUCAAGGAAUUUUCUUCUUUGAUCCGAAUCGAGUGGAAGCAACCGAAGCCAAAGCCUAUGUGCUCACGACGGAACCGCGCUUGAAAUUUACGGAUGAAUCCAAAAACGAUGAAAAAAAAUAUCAAAUUGUGAUUGAGAGCGAUGUGUCGCACAUGUUGGUGGUGUUUCAGAGUUGGGAUGAGAAGGAUUUGUGGAUGAGAGGAUUUAAGCAAGCGAUGGAACAGGCUCGGGAAACUAUUUUGAAGAAGAAUGGAAAUAAUAAGAAUAGUAAUAGAAGUGGAGAUGUGAGUCAUCAACAGUUGGUGUCUAAUACAUCGACGGAUGAUUCUUCUUUGAGUAAUAAUCCUGAUGCUCCUCAUUCAACAAUUGGAAAAUUAGUACCUGAUGAUGCUCGAGUUGCUGCUCCAACUGUUUUCCAAAUGAAGGCAAGAGUAGUUGUGAAAAUUAGAGAAGCAAAAGAUUUGGAAAAGAGUGACACUGCUAUAAUGGGAGGUUUGGCCGAUCCCUAUGUUGUUCUCAAUAUGGAGCAUAAAGUGGAGCAUACAAGAGUUGAAAAUAACACUUUAGAGCCUAAAUGGCGUGAGGAAUUUACUUUUGACAUUUCACGAUUACCAUGCGAUUUACACGUUAUAAUCUUUGAUAAGGAUAGAUUCCAAUCUGAUGACAUUCUGGGACAAGUGGUUGUUAAAGUAGAGAGUGCAAGAGCUGGAGCCGAUAAAGAAGACUGGUUCCCAUUACGUCCAGUAUGUGUUGGAGAAAAGGCUUCCGGUAAAAUUCACAUGAGAGUUGAGUGUCGUUACGAUCUUUCCACACAAGGAAAGGUAACAUUUGGAGUGCCACUUGUGGAUUUACAUGCUAGACAUCCAGAAAGAGUUUUACCAGAUAUUUGCUACAAAUGUAUCUCUAGACUUUAUAAGAGAAAUUUGACAACUGAAGGAUUAUUCCGAGUUCCUGGAAACAAGAACAGAAUGAGAGCUUACGAAAUUCAAUUCGAUCAAAAUCCAGAUCAAGACAUUAAAUUCUCAGAGGGAGAGGACGAACACACAAUUGCAGGUCUCUUGAAAUUAUUUUUGAGAGAACUUCCAGAACCUCCAAUUCCACAUGCUCUCUACUCUUCGGUAUUACAGUUGGACAAGAUAUCUGAUAAGAACGAGAAGAUUGAUCACUUGAGAGAAAUUAUGCACAAACUACCAGAACAUAAUUACUUUUUGCUUCAAUGCAUGUGUUGUUUAUUGCACAGAAUAACAACAUUCAGUCACAUCAACAUGAUGAAGGAGACAAAUUUGGCCAUCGUUUUUGGCCCAGUUUUUGCAUAUCCACCAAGCUCUCUAAACGUAUCGAAACAACAAUUUUUGGCUCAACACUUACCUGCACUUAGUUCAGUAUGUGAACUUAUGAUUUCUCACUUUGUAGAUAUUUUCCAUAACGACAGAGUAUUGGAUUGCCUUGUUUAUUGUGAGAAUAAUUGGACUCAAUUCAAAAAGUUAAUUAAGGAUCCAAGCAAUGUGCCUCUGUUUGCAGAAGGAUCAAGGCCACUCUCAACAGACCAGAUCACUGUUGAUGUUCGUGAUUAG